CAAAAAAUAGCUCUAAAAGUGUACAUUCAACAAUGAAGUUUCUUUCCCCAUUUAACUCUUUUCCUACUCUUUCUAAUGCCUUGAGAGUAUUUUUCUUCAUUAUUAUUACCUUACUAUAUCGUCAUAAUAAUGGCGUUGUUGCAACAAAACUAAUUGCCUUGAACCAAACAGCUCCUGCAUUGUUUGUUUUCGGAGAUUCCAUUGUGGAUCCAGGCAACAAUAACUUCAUCAAAACCAUCGUCAAAUGCGAUUUCCCUCCUUAUGGGAGAGACUUCAAUGGAGGCAUGCCUACUGGAAGGUUUAGCAAUGGAAGGAUUCCCACUGAUAUUUUAGCUGAUGAAAUACUUAAGAUCAAGAAGCUAUUGCCUGCUUAUCUGGAUCCAAGUCUUCAGCUUGAAGACCUUCUUACUGGAGUGAGUUUUGCCUCAGGAGGUUCAGGCUAUGAUCCUCUCACACCUCAAGUAGUGUCUGUAUUAUCAUUAUCAGAUCAACUAAAGAUGUUCAAAGAUGUCAUAACAAAGAUAAAAGGAGGAGCUGGAGAAAGCAGAGCAGCCAUGAUAUUAUCCAAAAGCAUAUUCAUUAUUUGUAUAGGGAGUGAUGACAUUGCCAAUACUUACUUCACUACCCCAUUUAGGAAGCCUCACUAUGAUAUUCCUGCAUAUACUGAUCUCAUGGCUAAAUCAGCUUCAACUUUCUUACAGGAUCUGUACAAGGAAGGAGCAAGAAGAAUAGGAGUAGUGAGUUUGCCUCCAAUCGGGUGUGUGCCAUCCCAGAGAACACUCAGUGGAGACAUAUCAAGAGGGUGUAAUGAGCAAGGCAACCAAGCAGCAACACUCUUCAACGCCAAGCUCUCUUCAUUGCUGACUUCACUCAAUAACAAACUUCCACAAGCAAGGCUUGUCUUCUUUGACAUUUACAAACCAUUGAUUUCCCUAAUUCAAAACCCUUCUACUUAUGGACUUGAAGUGGCCAAUAAGGGGUGCUGUGGGACAGGAAAUAUAGAAGUCAGCAUUUUAUGCAACCCAUAUACCAAACACAGUUGCAAUGAUCCUUCCAAAUACCUAUUUUGGGACAGUUACCAUCCCUCUGAGAAAGGCUAUGAAUUGCUCACACAUCUUGUCUUCGAUCAUAAAAUGAGCAACUUUUUUUAAUUUUUCUUUUUAUAAGUUGUGAGUCACAGCUUUGUAACGAAAAAUAAUUAAUAAUAACUAAAAUGCUAUUGGUGUAUCUUAUAGAAAAAUUUGUGAGAAUGACUUUUUUUUAAGUGAUUUUGCAUUCGGAUA